CAAAAUUCUCGAGAGAUAAAAUCAUAAAACGACAAAAAAUAAAAUGUUGAGAAGGUGAAGUAACAAUGGCGUUCAUAUUUCUGGCGGCAAAAUCGAUUCAACCCAAGUGUCUCUAACGCCAUGGAUUCUACUUCUGAAAUUGGUGCAUCGAUUGUCGAGGCUGGUGCCAGUGGAAACCUCAACCAGCUUAAGGCAAUUAGAAAAAAAGUUCGCUAUGACUGGGAAUUCAACAAAAUAUGCUAUCAAUAUACUGACUUCUCCACUGGCUGGAGUGUCUUGCAUCACGCAGUUGGAAUUGGGCAUUUUGAGAUGUGCAAAUUCUUGAUCAAGAACGUCAAAGUUUUUACUGAUCCUUUAACUUACAAGAUUGAUACUCCUAUAGCAAUAGCUGCCAAAACGGGACAUGUCAAAAUUGUGGAGUUUCUCAUCCGAAAUGGUGCUAGUUUUGAUCUUCAAAAUAUCGAGGGAUUCACUCCCUUGCACUAUGCAAUUCUGAAUGGUAAUAUGGAGCUUUUGGAUUUGUUGCUGAACAACCAUGUUUGGUUACACCCGGAUUCUGUAAACGGAACGCCUUUACAAAUCGCUGCUUAUCUUGGAAAUGCUGAGGCUGUCAAGUCUCUCUUGUCUUGUGGCACAGAUCCAAAUCUUUUUUGUACAGUUGGGAAAUCCCCACUUUUACUCGCAGUCAAGUCUCGCUCGUUUGAAUGCCUGAAAUUGCUGCUUGAAGCUAAUGCGAACCCAAAUCUGUAUUUCAACAUGUCAACUCCUUUGUCAGCUGCUGCAGUAGAUCGCGACACAAAAUUUCUUAAGUCCUUGCUUGCAGCUAAAGCAGAUCCGAAUUUAUUGGAAGAAGAUAUCUUUAAACCUAUCGAGGAGGCUGCUAUGGUGCGUAAUCGUGCAGCUGUGGAGAUUUUGUUACCAGUGACUAAACGGCUUGCACAUUAUCCAAAUUGGACUGUCGAUGGCAUAAUCGAACACAUUAAGUCUGAAGAAUUUAUAGCAAUGGGCAGGGAGAAAAUUCAAUGGCUCUUGGCUGCACUUGACCACAGAGGGAUGCAACUCGCGAGCAAUAAGGAUUUUCACUCUGCAAUCGCACAAUAUAGAACGGUUUCUAAUCUUUCUCCAUCUAACACGACAUGGAUAUCAAAGAUAAGUAUGUUGGAUGCACGGUUGGAUGCACGCUUUCAUGCUAUGCUAGGUGCUCAGAGAUGCCUUAGGCUCAUGCCAGAACUCCCCGUCCGAAGAGAGAUUGAUGCUGCAGCUAAUGUGAUAUUCAAGAAAUUCCUAAUGGCAAGCCUUGCCUUCUCCUUGGAUCCUUACAACAACGAUAAAGACCAUUUAUUUAGAGUUGCUUUGUUUAAUUACUUUGUUUGGUUGAGUCAGAUGAGCAGUUCAGAUGAGAUUUUGAGUUUGAGCUGAUGUUUUAACAGAGAGAGAAUAUUGAAUUGAUCAAACCACACUAUACCAUUUUCAUCUCAAUUUUCAAUGAAAUCAUAUCAAUUCAUCUGAUGAUGAAGCUUUCUCC